AUGUCAGCAGCCGAAUCCAAAGGGAAAGGAAAAGCAACGGAGAGCUCUAUUGUCCCCGCCGACGCAAAUGCACCACCAUUCACUGUGUAUCGAAUCAAAUAUAAUCAGAAAUGGCCCAACUUCGUAGAGACUGUAGGAUACACAACGACCAAAGAGCAUGUUGAAUUAUGCAAAUCGUUCGAUAUGGAGGAAGAGCCCCCCCUAGAGUUUGCGACCGUGGAAGAGCUACUCAAGUUCAAGGUCGAGACAAUUAAUACUGCAUCUCAAGCAAUCAAGGAUACACAAGGUCAUGUGCUAUCGAUGGAUUACAUAGCCCAAUAUUGGGUUUCGCCCCUCGCUAGAGUAAUUGACAGAACGGGCACGGGGCCGGAUCAAGAAUUCAUGUCGCUUGGUUUGUCCUUGGCCAUGCAAAUUCAAAUCGCAAAACAAAAGGACAAGGACAUGGACGAACAUCCGAAGAGACAACGUACACAUGUUGAUGAACUUCCUGCGAAGUUCAAGCACACGAUGGGCGGGUUGGAUUUGAGGGUAGAUAGGGUUCGUGAGAACCACUCUACUCCUGUGCCUGACGAGAUCAUGAGGGAAAUUCUUGAUAAGAAUAACGGAGUUGAGGAGAUCGACUAA